CCUGGCGGGAAGAUGGCGGCGGUUGACUUGUUCGAGCGGCUGAAGAAACUGGGCUGCCCUGCCUUGGAGGGGGUUUACCUGUCUGAGCCUGAAGACAUUCAGAAGUUGUUGUGUACUCCCUCACCUCAUCGCCUGGAUAUACUGGAAUGGAUUUGCAUCAGUGUGUAUCCGCCCCUCCGGGAACAGUUCUCAUCACUUAAGGAAUCACAGACAGAUAUGAAAAUUAAAGGAAUGGUGAAGCUGGGGUCUGACCUGAUGCUUUGUCGAGCCGAUGACCUGGAUCUCAUCGAGGGAAAGGCCAGCGCUCCAAAGCAGCUCAGCUUCCUGGGACGGCUAGCAGCUGUAAUUCCAUCUCUGGAUAGUCUCGGGGUCUCUGACUCCCGGUCUGCCUCCAGCACUUUUUCCAGCCAAGAGGAAUCUUUCCGAGAGAUGGUAAAGAAGAAUGAGAAAUUCCUGAGGCAGGUUUUCUGCAGCUCGGAUCUGCAGGCCGUGCUGAACCCCGAAUGCCACCCCUGGAGCUCAGAUAUCAAGCCCCUCCUCUUGGGUGAAAAGGCGCUCCAGAAAAGGUCCCAUCUGCCGUUGGUCUCCCAUGAGAGAACUCUACUGGAGGUAUCCAAAGAGCUGGAGGAGACAGCCACUGCCUUGCAGGACUUACGAGCCCAGUGUUCCUUCCUGCACGGGACCUCAGCUGGGGCUGAGCAGCUUCUUGAUGGCGCCACAGUGCUACAGACCCUCAAGCUGGUUGUCUCCGACUUCAACCAGCUGCUCGUGGCCUUCGAGCAGGUAUACGGGAACGAGCUGCAGAAGCAUUGUGAGCGCCCUGCGCCUUGGCUGAGCCCAUGUGGCCCCCUCUUCAAAGCUGUGCAGCAGGAACUCUGGCUCUGCAUGCAGGAGUUGAAAAGCCUGGCCCAGGUCACAGAAACCUCCGAGCACGUAGCGCACACUGUGAGCCAGCUGCAUGCAGAGAAGCUAGCGUGGAGGGGCAGCGCUAAAGCCACCUUGCCUUCAAAACUUGAAGAACUGUGCCAGAAAUACAAGACCAUUCAUGGCGCGCUUCACAAGCUGCCGGUGAUCCUGAGCAGUACAAAGGAGACCACCUCCCUGUGAAAUACCCACCAGAUGCCAGACCCAGACGGCGGAAGCCCCCUUGCCAUGUUUUCUUUCUUGUACAUAAAUGUAUGUGAUCAAAAGGAA